AAUUAUGUUUAGAAAAGUGCCGAUUUAUUGUUUUGGAAAGUACAAAUUUAAUGCAAACAUCAUUAAUAAAGUUUCUGCUUUACUUAAAAUAAAACCUAGUUUAGCAAAUGAAGAUAUCAACUUCUUUGGUGAUGUUAGAUUGUUAGAUGCAUAAAAUAAAUUAAUUGGUGUUUUUGCAUGUGAAGAAGCAAGAAAAAAAGCAGAUAAAUUAGGAUAAGAUUUGAUAAUGAUUAAUUAAGAAAUUAAACCUGCCUUAUGUAAAGUUUGUGAUUAUUCUGAUGAACUUGCAUCUAAAUUUAUGAAUGAUAUAGUAAAGAUUAGAGAAUAAUAAAAAUUAAAUGAUCAACAUUUCAAAUUAAGUCAUACUAUUACUAUGUAAGAUUUAAAAUUGAAGGUGAAUUAAGCGAAAGAUUUAAUUAAAAAAUAAAAUACAUUAAGAGUUACUAUAAUAUGUCCAAUUGAAACAGCAAUUUAGGCUAAGAGCAUUUUAUAUACAGUAAUUAUUAUUUUUAAUAUUAUAUAGUUAAAAGAUUUAUCAUAAGCUUUUAUGAUUCCUAAAGGAGAUAUAAAAACAAAAGAUUUUAAAGAAAAAGAAUAAUUUGAUAAAAAGAAAGAUGCAUAAGAAUAAGUUUAAUUAGAUAUUGAAUUUGAAGCAAUAGAAAAGAUAGAACAUAAUUUAGAUUUACCUUAAAUAAAAAUUGAGAGAUUAAUCAAUUAAUAUUAUUCUAAGAGUCUUUAGUAAUUAUUAUUAAGAUAUUAAGGGAAAAAACAGAAGAUGAAUAGGAUCUUGCUGAUCUAUUUAAAGUAUAAUAACCUGAAAAGGAAAAAGAAAAAGAGAAAGAAAAGAAAGUAGAAGAAAAAUAGAAAACAAAAUUAGAAGAGAUGAUGGAUGAUAGUGAAUUUGAUUUUGAGUUUCAAGAUGCUUCAACCAAUUAAUAAUGUAAAUUCAUUUUAUUUAUUUAUUUAUUAGCAUAUUAUUUAAAAGAUGGUAAUUUAUCUAAAUAUGUGAAGUUAUAUAAAAUGAUUGAGUGGUCUUAGGGUAGAAAAUGAUCAUAAUCUACAUGUUCCAUUAAUU